AUGAAGAGUGAUAAUGAGAGCACUGUGUCAGAGUUUAUACUCCUGGGGAUCCCCAUUCGAGCAGAAGACCAAGCUAUGUACUCUGCCCUGUUCCUGGCCAUGUAUCUGACAACUGUGCUGGGGAACCUGCUCAUCAUCCUGCUCAUCAGGCUGGACCCUCACCUCCACACCCCCAUGUACUUCUUCCUUGGCCACUUGGCUUUUACAGACAUGUCUUUAUCAUCUGCCACAGCUCCAAAGAUGCUAACAAAUAUGCUGACACACAGUCAUUUUAUUUCAUAUGCUGGGUGUGUUUCCCAGGUAUACUUUUUCACAUUUUUGGGGAGCAUUGACAGCUUUCUUCUGACAUCCAUGGCCUAUGACAGGUAUGUGGCCAUCUGCCACCCUCUGCACUAUACCAUUAUCAUGAGUCAGAGCCUCUGUGUUCUUCUAGUAUUUAUGUCCUGGACUUUAUCUUUGGCCAAUGCUCUUGUUCACACACUUCUCUUGGCUUGCCUAUCUCACUUUAGAAACAAUACCAUCCCACACUACUUUUGUGACCUCUCUGCCUUGCUGAAGCUGUCUAGCUCAGACACCACAGUCAAUGAGAUGGCCAUCCUCCUUUUAGGUAUAGUGGUCAUUACCCUGCCAUUCAUAUGCAUUCUGGUCUCUUAUGUUCAUAUUGGAGUCACUAUCCUGAAGGCCCCCUCCAUCAGGGGAAUCUGCAAAGCCUUGUCUACAUGUGGUUCCCAUCUCUGUGUAGUUUCUUUGUACUAUGGAGCCAUUAUUGGGCUAUACCUAGUUCCCUCAUAUAAUAACAACAAUAACAAGGAUGUCAUUGUGUCUGUGAUGUAUGGUCUGGUCACACCCAUGCUCAAUCCCUUUAUCUAUAGUCUGAGGAAUCGAGACAUGAAAGGAGCGCUGAGAAAUAUCCUCAACAGAACAAAAUAA